AAGAACAAUAAAACAGCUUAGAAUCGCUUGUUUAUGUCAAUGGAUUGAAAACAAAUAAUCCUAUUAAAAUAUUGAUCUAAUUGAAUAUUCUGACGUCCAGUCCAAGAAGUAGUGCUUUGUAAUAGUGCUCGUUUUUUAAUGCAUUGCUGCCGUAAGAUUACGAUGGAUGCAGAUUUUCUCAAUCGAUUACUUGACGGAAACCAACCUCAGCUAGUGGAAUCGCUUACACAGUUCAACCAGAUAAAUUCACAGACUUUCAAUUUCUCCCAUCUAACGACCAGUGGACAAUGGGUUAUACUGUGGAACAAGUUUUUCGAAUAUCUAACCGUGCCAAACAUGCCUCGGUUGGUGCAGUGUCUAAUAGGUAUUAAGAUUCUCAGUCGGGAUAAAACUUACUUGAAUGAAACUGUGCAGAUGGAACAGCUGGAUUGCCUCAUAGAUCUAGCCGGCAUUGGCUCGUCUGGUGAACGAAACGUUUCCGAAGAUGUUCAAGUAGAGGCUCUGAAAUGUUUGAGUAAUUUAAUAUUCCAAAGCAGGAAAUGCCAGGAAUUUUGUUUGACCAAUUCAUGUACUAACGGAAUUUUGAGAAGGAUAAGAACAUAUAAGGAUGGCUGUGUGUGUUACGAUAUCCGAUAUUUUGAUAUGAAAGUUCUGUUUUUGCUGACAGCCAUAAACUGUGAUAUUCGAUCAAAGGUUCGGGAGGAACUUCAUGGAUUAACAUAUCUUGUCGAAACAUUGGAUCUUUUCAUGAAUCAAGCUGCUGAUGCAAAGGAAUUCAAUGAUAAAGAUCUUGAAUUGGUUAAUGAAGUGUUAAAAGUAUUGUUCAACUUGACCGUUCGGACUCCUGACAAUGCAAUUCCAGAAGAAGAAGAAGAAGAAGCUCAAUUUCAUCGAAUGGCUGUCAUAAUCCAUGAUCUGUUCUUUUACCGAACUCUAAACCGCGAUAAAAUAUUCUCUCUUCUGUCGAAUAUAGUUAAUCUGCUCACUAGUGUUCCGGUUAGCUGCUAUAACGAGUUGGUCACGAAUCUAAGACAGGAUGAGCGUGCAAGCAAAACCGUCGUGCCAUUUGAAGGAAAAAAUGUCUAUGUGUUAGAAGUUUUAGUUGGUUAUCUACGCAAACACUUUCAACAAGCAGAGAAAAAACCCGACCAGUUUGAAAUAUUGUCCCCAAUUUUGACCGUUUUAGUUAAAAUCGUUCGUGCAUCAGGUCUUAACAGGCGCUUCAUCCGACUAAAGAUUCUACCCCCGCUGGUAAACGUCAUGGAGAGGCCAGAAGUGGGUACAGAGCUCCGUAAUUAUAUUUGCUCACUGCUAACUAGUCCAUGCACUCAAAUUGCGGAUCUUUCGGCUGAACUGCUAUUUGUUUUGUGUAAGGAAAAUGUUGGUCGCAUGAUCAAAUAUACCGGCUACGGCAAUGCCGCCGGGUUGUUCGCAAAUCGUGGAUUACUUGGAGGUCGCCAAGGAAACACAGAGCAAUACUCGUCCGACUCAGAGGACAGUGAUACGGAAGAGUACAAGCAAAUCCAGCAUGCCAUAAACCCGGUGUUGGGAUGUUACGAGCCCCCAAAGACAAAUCCGCUCGAUGGCAUGUCCGAGGAACAAAAGGAGUACGAGGCAAUGAAACUGGUCGCUUUGAUGGAUCAGUUACAGCAGCAAGGAAUUGUGCAACCGUGCAAGAUCGGUGAGGAUGGACGACCACAACCGGUUGAACAUAUUCUAGAAUUGCAAGAUGAAAUUCCGGAACAGCAAAGAGAUCAUAAGCGUAAAACAUAAGUUAAGGCUUGGGUGAUAGUUAAUAUCGGGUUUCAAAUAAUAUUUCUGUUGUUAAUGCCCAUGAUUCUCUUACUCUGUCGUACUAAUAUUAAGGAUUUGUAUUCGUUUUCUCACAUACAAUAAGUUUUCUUGGUUGCAAUACAGUAUACACGUACUUUCAUUUUUGUCAUUCUCAUAUAGAAAGGUAAUGUAAUCACUUGAAAAAAUAUGCCAUACGACUCAGUUUUAAGCUAUUUAAAAACGAAAAACCAAUAUGUGUGCAAUUUUGUAUUGCAAUUUUCAUCAUCGUCAAAGUAUAAAUGCUUGUAGAUGUUUGUCAAAAA